AUACAGUAUUAAAAGCCCAUAUACUUGCCUGAUAUAUGGCUGAAGGAUCAUUGGAUAGCAGGAUUUCGAACAAAUGAUAGCAAGAAACUCUUGAAUUGGCCCAAGAGCACGUUGCCCUAACUGCCCGACGACUUCCUUUGAUCGCACCAGUUUAGCACAAUAAUCAACACCUCCAGCAUCGGUAUGGUCCUGUUCCAGCUGGCGACAGCGAUGUGUGCUAGCAACAGAAAGACGAUAUUUCUUAAAGAUCAAGUGAUCAACCAUCCAUCAAAACUAAGCAUCUAUUAACAUCCACUAAACAUCUAAAACCCGUAUACUUUGAAUUUGUUGAAAGAUAUCAUUCCUUAAGGAGGCAAAGUAGUUAAGAAAAAAGAUACACCAUGAAUUAUCACACCAUCAUACCCCUGUUGCUUUUAACGGUAUAUUUCAUACAGUCAGUAAUACUAUGCAACGAGGCAGUAUGUGGCAGUGUAGUCAGCAAAUGCUUGCUGACCGAAUCGUGCAAUUGCGAUUUUAAUUUUGACAAUUGCUCUUGUUGCAAGGACUGCUUGAAUUGUUUGGGAUAUCUGUAUACGGAGUGUUGCUCUUGUGUAGACAUGUGUCCGAAGCCCAACGCAACCAGCAGUCCCCUCAGCAAGAAAUCCCAUGUAGAAGACUUCCAAGAAUCCUUACCAGGAUUGUUCAAUGCCUUGACAGAAGCCCCUGACAACUUCAAAAGAUGGAACAGCACCACUUUUCCCAUUGACAUUGAUAUCACACACUACAACAACAAGAAGGAAAUCAAAUUUAUGAUCCAACAAAAAAAUGCAGAGCAAUCGGUACUUCCCAGCUCGAUCAUAUACACGGUGAAUUGUACUGUAGCGUUUUGGGCUCAGUGCAUUAGCUGGACCAAAUGCAAGUCCAGCUGUCAAUCGAUGGAAGCAGAGAGUUUCAAGUGGUUUCACGAUGGUUGCUGCGAAUGCGUGGGCGAUAAAUGCAUUAAUUACGGAAUAAAUGAGAGCAGGUGCAGCAACUGCCCAGUAAGCGACGAGCUGAUUGUCCUGAAAGACAAUGAGAUAGACGAUGAGCCCGAUUUUGGAGAAAACGAUGACGAUACGGAUUAGGUACUUCUGAAAUCUACAUCAGACAAGAAACAACAAAAUAUGGUUGACCAGCAGAACGAUGAGAUUGUUUCAAUAUAUAUUAAAAACACCUACCGAAAUCAAAUCUGUAAAGAAAUAAAAGAAUUUUUUUUUCAGAAAAAAAAAUAGAAAAAGAGUAAAGCAACCGUCCUUGCAAAUAACUGAAAUUAAAUCAAUUCUUUAAACUUAUUUGAUUUGAUUAUAUAUAUUUGAUAUUUGAUGAAGAUUUAUAUUGAUGAAAACAGGAUUUUUAAGGAGUAUUAAUUUGGCAGCACAUUAUUGAAAUAAUUUUAUUAUGCAGUAGACGAACUUAUGAUUAUAGAAAAAAAAGUAGGGAAUGCUUAGAAGUGCAG